CAAGGCGGCGGGACAAAAGCACCCCACGCGCCAAACCGCCUAGUGGGAAAGGGCCAGCCAAAAUAUCGGGAAUGGUUGCGAGAUACUUGAGAUAGUGUGGUUGUUGCAACAUCCGCAUUUUGAUCAAGACUAUGGGUAUCCCAUCGUGUACACAAGUAUAAGUCAACAAUUACAUUUUCUUGCCCCCCAUUACAGACACCGCUCUGCUAGCUAGGUCUGGGCUACCCCGCGUCCAGUUCCUAUAUCGACCGAUAUCCACGAGCGAGCCAGGCCAGGAUGCCGCGAGCGUCUACAAGAUCGACGCGGACUAGCUCCGCGGCGGUCUCGAACAAGUCUUCGAGUACAGCCUUGAACCCGCGCACCUCGGUAGCGUCGCGCGCAUCCAUCGUCGACUUCCCCGACGAGGCACCAGAUAAUGAGCUCAGACCACAGAUCGCGUCGGUGUUCCGCGAGGCCCAGCGCACAACAGUAUCCCACCGGAAGCUGACGGUGACGCUCCGCAAGAUCCAGGAGGCGUGUUGCUACGAGCCGACGAGCGCCAAGAAGUCGUCGGUCGCUUCCGAUUUCGACGAGGAGGACUUCAACACGGAAUUUUCACGAUGCGUUCUGCGCGUCAUGCCGGUGAAGAAGACGGAGAGCGCGGGCGAGAAGAUGGUGCGAUUUAUCGCCCUAUUCCUGCAGCACUCGAUAGAAAAGGAUAACGAGCUCCUCGGCGAGCUGGACGACGAGGCCAGCACAAUGCCCGAGACGCCCGGCACCAGGCUGACGGCGCACCUUAUGGAGGUGAUCUUGCCGCUGCUCACGGCCAAGGACAAGUUCGUGCGCUACCGGUCCACUCAGUUGAUCUCCCAGAUCAUCAACUCGCUCGAGGCGAUCGACGACGACCUGUUCCAGAAACUGCGGUACGGGCUUCUCAAGCGAAUUCGCGACAAGGAAGCCAUGGUCCGCGCUCAGGCCGUCCUGGGGCUUGGUCGCCUCGCCGGCAACCAGGCUGAGGCCGAGCCCAACUCGGACGACAGCGAUGACGGCUCGAGCCAAGACCUUCUGGCCAAGCUGCUCGAGGUUCUUCAGAACGACCCGAGCGCCGAGGUGCGCCGGUCGCUGCUGGUCAACCUGCCCAUACUGCCCAACACCCUACCAUUUUUGCUAGAGCGGGCGAGGGACCAGGAUGCGCUGACCCGGCGCGCCGUCUACUCGCGGCUGCUGCCGGCACUGGGCGACUUCCGCCAUCUGUCUCUCUCGAUGAGGGAAAAGCUGCUUAGGUGGGGGCUCCGCGACAGAGACGAGAACGUCCGCAAGGCCGCCGGUCGCCUCUUUAGAGAGCGCUGGAUCGAGGACUGUGUGGGUCCCCAGGAGCCAGCCGAGGAUGGCCAGCCUCCUGAGCCCGCCGCUCCCAGCUUUGAUGGGCUGCUAGAGCUGCUUGAGCGCAUUGAUGUUGUCAACUCGGGUGUCGAAAACGGGGUCGCACUCGAGGCGAUGCGCGGCUUCUGGGAGGGCCGACCUGACUACAGGGAGGCCGCGCGCUUCGACGACCACUUUUGGGAGACGCUCUCGGCCGAGGCGGUCUUUAUGGCGCGCAGUUUCAACCAGUUCUGUCGGACAGAGGGUAAUGGCAGGUACGAGGCGCUGGUGGAGGAGAAGCUUCCCGAGGUUACGAAACUCGCCUUCUACCUCGAGCGCUACGUCAAGGUGCUGAUCGACGCCAUUAAGCGGAUUGAGGAGAAGGAGGUGGACGAGGACGAGGAGGAGGAGGACACGGUCGAGCAGGAGUUUAUUGUGGAGCAGCUGCUGCACAUCGCCCUCACGCUCGACUAUUCGGACGAGGUCGGUCGUAGGAAGAUGUUCGCCCUCCUCCGCCAGACUCUCUCGAUCCCCGAGCUGCCCGACGAGGUCACCAAGCUCACGGUCGACGUUCUGCGCGAUAUCUGCGCGCCAGACGCCGCCGGCGAGCGCGAGUUUUGCAGCGUGGUCCUCGAGGCGGUCGCCGACGUGCACGAUACGAUCACCGAUGGAGACGGCGGCGAUGGCGAGGAGAGCUUUCACUCAGCACGUUCCGAAGUCAGCCGCGCAAGCACGCCCACCCAGAACGGCAUGGCGGACAAGGACGCUGGUCUGUCGGAGGAGGAGAAGCAGGAGAAGCUCGUGAAGGAGCUCCUGAUCAAUAUGAAGUGCCUGCACAUUGUGCAGUGCAUGCUCACAAACGUCUCGGGGAGCCUGCAGGCCAACGACCAUCUCGUCUCGAUGCUUAACAAUCUCGUGGUGCCCGCGGUCCGUAGCCAGGAGGUCCCCGUCCGAGAGCGCGGCCUAGUGUGUCUCGGCCUAUGCUCGCUCCUCGACCGGUCGCUCGCCGAGGAGAACCUGGCUCUGUUCAUGGCCUUUUACAACAAGGGGCACGCAGAGCUUCAAAUCACAGCCCUCCAAAUCCUGACCGACAUCCUCAACGUACACGGGGCCCAGCUCCUUUCGGCCUCGCCCCCGCUCCAGAAGGUCUACGUCAAGGCGCUGAGGCACAAGUCUCACGAGGUCCAGGCCGCGGCCACCAUCGCCGUCUCCAAGCUGCUGCUGGGCCGCGUGGUGACGGAUCCGGACACGUCGUCGGAACUGCUGAAAACGCUCGUCAUCGCCUACUUUGAGCCAGCCAGCUCGGGCAACCAGAGCGUGCGGCAGGCCCUCAACUACUUCCUGCCCGUGUUCUGCUACUCCCGGUCAGAGAACCAGGACCUUAUGCAGUCAGUCGCUUUGGACGCUCUUCACUAUCUCUUCAACGUGCGCGAGGGCUUCGAGGACGACGAGGCCGACAUCGACGACGAGAUGGUCAGUCUCAGCACUAUCGGCGCGUGCCUGGUGGACUGGACCGACCCCCGCAAGUGCUACUCGCCGGGCAUCCCCAGCGACGCCGAGAAGAAGAACGUGAAGGGAGACAUCCACCUCGAUUUUGUUCACGCCAUUCUGGACAAGCUGAACACCAGCAUUCCAAAGGAGCUGAAGAAGGUGGUGGCUGCCCUCCUCAGCAAGCUCUACAUCUCGCCGACGUCGACGGAAGAAAAAGUCAGGGAGACGUACGCCGAGGUCGCCGAGGCGGUCGAGGGCAACCUCGUGUCGGACACGACGGGGCGGAACGCGCUGUACAAGAUCCACGUAUCGCUCGGCAAGAUUGUCAACAGCCUGGACCAGCAACUACAGCAGCAGCAACUGGACGGCUACGGCAGGAGGAGUGUCAGCAGGUCCACGUCCGUCAGCCUCGAGGACAGGACCGUCGUGCCAGAGGAGAGGACGGUGGUCAUGGAUUCGGGCAUUAAAGAAGAGGAGGAGGAGGAUGAGGAUGAGGAUGGGGGAGAUGGCAGCAGCUCGGGGACCAUCGUCCAGAAACGACAGAUGGACGAGUCACUCGUUGACGAACUGCUCAGCGAAGGGGAGAGUGAGGCAUGAUGUGAUUGCUGAUAAUGGCCAUGUUAUCUCGGGAGGUGUCUUGAGCGAAGGGGGUGGUUUGGUAUGGUUCUCUUGGGGGCUGGGCAGGCAUGCUGGAUUUUGUUACGAAGCGAGGUAGCCUGGAUAUGGGAAGAUAUAAUGUCGGGAAUGAACUUGAAAGGAUACCUGUAAGCAAGUGUUUGCGUGCUCUGAUUGCGGCUUGGUUCCACGCGAAGCCACAGCCGCGGUUGAUUUUAGAUACCUAUACAAGCCAUUGCACCUCUCUUUCGGAACCCCCUAAAAAUAGAAACAUAACGCUUCCAUUUACGCCCAUCCAUCAAUGAUAUCUCCAUGCCAAAUCUAUAAAU